CUAACCAAGAAGUUAGGCAUGGCAUCCUCUGUUCGAGACGAAUCCGUUCGCAAACGCCCAAGAUUAGAAGCCCCGGAAAGCCCUCCAAAGAUUAACUUCAAAUCCCUUCCUACGGAAAUCCGAUUUAUGAUCUGGGAACAUACAUGGCCUGCAGUACAGGUUGUCGAAGCUGCACGCCGGGGGGUGUUUGAUGACGAAGAAUUCUAUGAUUUCAUGAUAUUUCGUCCUGUUGGCUCACUUGAUACACUCCUGCGGACGAAUUUCACUUCGAGACCCUUAGAGACACUGUCUCCAUUAGAGAAAUGCCCAUUCCCAAUCGCUCUCCACAUAUGUCAAGAAUCCCGCAUGCAUACGCUUAAUACAUAUGCCUUGGUCCAACAUCCAGAUUUUCCAGAAUGCGCUUUCUACUUUAAUCCCCGUCAAGACCUUCUCUGGUUAAGUUGCGAUAUCGCAAGCGACACUGAAGCCCUUGAGGAGCUACAAGCUUCUUACCAGACUUCCAUUGAUCAAUUCAGGAUUCUUCUUGUUGAAGAUACAGAAUGGGAGGAGUGGGGUUUGAACCCAUCUUCUGCCCCAGCCCUAUCAAUCCUAGCUGCCCUGCGGACUGUCGUGCUCAUAGAGGAUGACUAUGACGAUGACGGUACACUAAUUACGUAUCGUACUGAGGAAUACCAGGAGCGUGCUACCAAAUACCAAAAUGAUUAUGAUACGUUAUGCGAGUCCAUGGAACCCGGCACGUCAUAUCGUCUUGAGUAUAUAGAUCGUGGCGGAAAUUCUUACCUCGGUACAUAUAUUCCUUACAGAAUGAUUGAUGCCCAGGCGUAA